AAGGGAAGCAAGCCAUAAACAGAUCAUGGAGAACGCUGAAAUUCAGAGCAUCAAGCAGAUUCUUGGACUUCAGCAUGGAAAACAGUAUGACAGUGUGAAGACUUUGAGAUAUGGUCAUUUGAUGAUCAUGACUGAUCAGGACCAUGAUGGAUCACAUAUUAAAGGGUUAUUGAUUAAUUUUAUUCAUUCAUUUUGGCCAUCGUUGCUAAAAAUUCCUUCUUUCUUAGUUGAGUUCAUUACACCUAUUGUGAAGGCUACUCACAGAAAUGGGAAAGUUCUAGCGUUUUAUUCCAUGCCGGAGUAUGAAUCUUGGAAGGAGAGUUUGGGAGGCAAUGCCAGCGGUUGGUCCAUUAAGUACUAUAAGGUACUGUAUGCGUUGGGGUCUGCUACCUCCUACAAAAAAAUUACGGGAAUGUGCUUAGAAAAAGCUUUACAUCCAGGUAUAUUUAGGAACCUUCAAUCCAAUGGGUUGACUGGAAAGCUGCCUUCUGAACUUGGCAAUUUUAAAUACCUUGAGGAACUUCGGCUGGAUAGGAAUAAGCUUCAAAGAAACGUUCCUGCAACUAACAGUUCAGAUUUUACAUCCAGCAUGCAUGGGAUUGUGGAUGGUGGAAGACCAAGUAGUGCAAGUAUCUUUGUUGGUGGCUUUGUCUUGGGUGGAAUUGUUGUUGGAGCACUAGGUUGUAUAUAUGCACCCCAGAUCAGCAAGGCACUGGCAAGAGCAGACAGGAAAGAUUUGAUGAGAAAGCUGCCAAAAUUCAUAUAUGAUGAAGAGAAAGCCUUGGAGAGAACACGCAAAAUCCUGACUGAGAAGAUCGCGCAGCUAAACUCUGCCAUAGAUGAUGUCUCUUUGCAGCUCCGUGCUGACGAUACCCCAAAUGGAAUUGCUGUAAGCCCGGAUGAACUUCAGGCUUCCAUAUGACAAACUGUUCAAAAGAUAUCCUGAAGUUGUUUAUAGAUGAGAAAUGUUUGAAACAAAUCCUUUAAAUUUUCACUAGUAAACUAAGGGCUCAAGGUGGGGCCCUUAUGUAUUGUGUCGAAUGUUAAUGAU